UUUUGUACUGCCGGCUAUUUUGUCAUAACAAACCGUUCAAGAAAUGCUGCUCUGUUCCAUGUUGUGUAAUUAUUAGGUGCAAAAAACCACCUAAAUCCUCUGGAAAUCACACUUUUGCAGGAUUUAAACGAAAGGAAUGCAUACAGACCUAUCGCCGCAUUUACAUUCAACUGAAUGCAAUUUAAUAAUCGAAGAGUUGAAAAAGUGUCAUUCCGAGAAUAAAUUCGGCAAGUUUCUUGGCAUCUGCAAUGAUCUAGACCGCCAAAUGAUAGUGUGCUUGCGUAAUGAAAGAAAAACGCGACAGAAACUAAACCGAGACAAAGCACUGGAAAAGCAGAAGCGUGUUCAGCAGCUGAUGAAAGAAAAGCAAGGAUGA